AAAAAGUACCAAAGUAUACAACCAAAAAUGAAAUUCAUUAUCUUGUGUUUUGCUGUAGUAGCAACAGUGUAUGCUGGUGUUCUUACGGACGAACAACGCCAUAAACUCCUGAGCUUUCAUAACGAAUGCGCUAAAGAAACAGGCGUUAAUGAGGAUCUCAUCGGUGAAGCUAUGAUGGGUAACUUCUCCGAUGACCCAACAUUUAAAGACCAGAUUUUGUGUUUCUCCAAAAAAAUCGGCUUCCUCGAUGCAUCCGGUAAAAUUGAUGUGGAAACAAUGAAAAAUAAAUUUAAAAUGAUGCAUGAUCAUGACGAUGAGAAAAUCGAUGAAGUGGUCGAGAAAUGUGGAAAAGAUAUGGACACCCCUGAAGAUACAGCUGUUGAGUUAAUGAAGUGUUUGUUUGAGGUUAAAAAGGAAAUGAAGAAAAAUUAAGUUAGUAAAUUGUUAAUGGUAGUUGC